UUUAACCCCUUCAUUUUCAAGGAUGCCCGUCUCCUUUUUGAGUUUUCUAGGCAAUUUAGGCUCAAUGUUGUAGCCAGUUGUACCUGUUUCUUUAUUCCAUUAUCACUCCUUAUUUGCUUAUAAAUAGGCAACACCCCUCUUGGUUUUCUUCAUUGUAUCACCUCUUCUCAGUCCUUUUACUAAAUCAUGAGCCAUUCACAUUACACCAUGGGUUCUGGUAGUAGAACUGCUAGAAGGACACUUGAAUUUGGAAGGACUUAUGUUGUUAGACCAAAAGGGAAACACCAGGCUACUAUAGUGUGGCUUCAUGGCCUUGGUGACAAUGGCUCAAGUUGGUCUCAGCUCUUGGAAAGUCUUCCUCUUCCAAAUAUAAAAUGGAUUUGUCCAACUGCGCCAACUCGUCCUGUGGCUUUACUUGGGGGGUUUCCUUGCACUGCAUGGUUUGAUGCUGGUGAGCUUUCAGAAGAGGGUCCAGAUGAUUGGGAAGGUUUAGAUGCUUCAGCAGCACAUAUUGCAAACUUUUUGUCAACUGAGCCACCUGAUGUUAAGGUUGGUAUUGGAGGUUUUAGUAUGGGUGCUGCAAUGGCCCUCUACUCUGCAACUGCUUGUGCUCUAGGAAGGUAUGGAAAUGGCAACCCAUACCCCAUCAACCUUAGGGCUGUUGUUGGGCUAAGCGGAUGGCUUCCCGGCUCAAGGGGCUUAAGGAACAAGAUACAGGCAUCAAAUGAAGCUGCAAGGCGUGCCACAUCAUUGCCGAUUUUGCUUAGCCAUGGAACCUGUGAUGAUGUUGUCCCCUACAAAUUCGGCGAAAAAUCUGCUCAUUCAUUGAAUAUAGCAGGAUUCUGGAAUCUCACUUUCAAAAACUAUGAAGGGAUUGGCCAUUACACAGUCCCUAAAGAGAUGGAUGAGGUAUGCAAUUGGCUUACAUCGAGACUCGGGCUCGAUGGAUCCCGUUGAACGUAGGAUAAGCAUCGGUUCUUAGUUCGAGCAACAACAAUGGCUGAUACGGACUAGCAGAUAGUGAAAAAAAUAGCAUGUUGGGUAUAAGGUAUAGUUGAAAUUAGCCUUCUUAACUUAAAACCUUAUAACUACCUUGAAGAUUGUAAUAACUAAGUUUGUUGUAUUUUCUGAGCAUUUUAGUAUUAGUUAAUGAGAUAUAAGAAAUUAGUAGCAUAGCCUUCUAUCUUGUUUUCUCUCAUCAGUUUCGUUAACGACUCGAGUUUCAAGACAUCACCCCGUGUUGUCCUAUGCACUGGUGUUCGACCGUCUUCAGGACGACAGCCGAAUCCCGGUGCACUGUACAACACUAAGGCUGAUGUUUGGUCAGUUAGUUGAUCAAUUUCCUUCCCCUCUCUUCCAACAUCUACAAUCCGAAAACACUGACAGUGUUACUUGUAUGUGGAACAACCUUGCUCACCCCUUCCCCAAUGCAUUGCACAACUUUCACGAUGCCUUGGACUAACCCGCCGCCUUCUCACUCGACACUGCAAACUGAUGAUAGUAACACGGCAACAGUGCUCGCCUGUCGCCGAGAAAUCGACUAUGUUGAUGAGCUAGUAACUGAGAUGCCAGCAUAAUAAUCCUCCUUAUGUAGAUCGUACUUGC